UGCACUACCUGAUGGUCUAGUCGGUAUUCGCUAGUAAGAGAACGGGGAACCACCGUCUCGAACUCUCGAUCGGAAGCAUCGGAUUUGGUAUCUUUGCCUCCAUCACAUACCAUUGACGGCGUUAUGUUUCUUGUGUGUUCUUCGAUGUUAGGGUUAGUAGACGGUUGCCGUUAAUGUGUAGCCGAAGGCAUCACUGAAUUGAAUUGUUCUGGAUUAUUAGACGUAGGGGCUGUUUAACAAUUUAUUCAUGAUUAAGUGUUGAACCAAUAAGAGGUCCGAACCAAAUCAGUAAGAAGUAAGAGCCGGUAUAAUGAUUAACCAUUCAGAAGCAAAUGUCUGACCAAUUCAGAUCAGAGGUCUUAACCAUUCAGACUUUGUAUAAUGCUUAACCAUUCAGAGGUAAAUGUCUGAAACAUUCAGACAUCUGCUCGUGAAACAAACAGUCUGAACCAUUAAGUGCUAAACGAGUAAGAUGUUUGAACCAUUAAAAGACUCAUUAAGAGCAUUUAUUUACUAUCAAUCCAACAAAAAGAACUGAAAAUGAAAACUAGAAGUAUGUACAAAGCUGAACGAAUGUCUUUGGAUACGCUUCCUGAGCCUGUAUUAGAAACCAUACUUUGUUGUUUACCGACAGAAGACGCAGCAAGGACAAGUAUUCUCUCUAGGGAAUGGAGGUACAAAUGGACCACUAUUCCUAACCUUCGGUUUACUUUGCGUAAUAGAACUUUGGAGCCAACAUCUGACAUAGCAAGUGCAAAGAAAUACAUGAACAUAUAUGAUGUAUACCGAGUUUUGUUGCUGCGCCAGGGUCCUAUACACGAGUUCACCCUUGUUAUGGAUGAUUACUGGCAACGUUAUAACUAUUUUGAAUUUUAUCAGAUAAUACUUCAUUUGUCGAGAAAACAUAUUGUCAAGAAACUAACACUUGAUGGACAUGAUGACUCAGAGUUCAUUUGGUAUAAGUUACCCGAAUCUGUUUUUACAUUGCAUCACUUAACGGACCUCUGUCUUUCUACUUUUGAGAUUGACCAUCCAUCAAUAUUCAAAGGUUUCAGUAGCCUUCAACGUUUAGACCUGAGUUAUGUAAAGAUCUCUACAAAAACUCUUCUACAUCUUUUAUCCAAUUGUCCAUCACUUAAGAACUUGAGUCUGGUAAGUACUCACUUGAACAUUUGGGAACCGGGUGAUAAAUGCACUAUUAACGAGCUACUCAAGUGUUUACCUGUGAUUGAAGAUCUUACUAUGUCUGGUGAUGUCUCUGAGUGGCUAGUUGUAGACUCGGUUCCACAAGAGCUUCCAACCUCACUAAUCCACCUCAAAUACUUAUGUUUGAAUCAAAUGUGUCUUGUUGGGCGCCACGGAUCAGCUUUUCUUCUUUGUUUGAUCAAAUGUUCCCCGAACUUGGAGCAUGCGCACCUAGAGAUGGAGUGGGGUCUGGACUUCUCCGCUGUAAAGGAUGAAUAUUCAGAUGUUUGGUUGGAGCAUCUGAAUGAAUUAGAUGUCUGUUUUGGCAGCAACGAGCUUCAGACGGAGUUUGUAAAGUUUAUAUUGGCUAGGUCACCUAAGCUGAAGACGGUGAGCAUACUCACUGUGGUUGAUCGGAAGCAAGACUCUAAGAUGUUAAAAACACUCUUACGGGCCCCGCGUGUGUCCCCUGGAGUAAACAUUUACACUUGGAAGUGAAAAUUGCUUCAAGACCUUUAUAUCACUCACUCUUUUAAUUUUCUUGAGAAGUAAUGUUAAGAAUUAUGAUGAUAACCUAAAGUUUGUAUGGCUAUUUUGCUAAGGUAUCAGUUAUUUGAGAUUUGUGACUUGUUUUUAGUUA